CUGCACAAAUUAUGGAAAUAUCAACGCCAUAUGCCUUUAAACAUGAUUUCCAUAUCAGUAUGGAAGAGUACGAGAAAAGAAAUGGAAGAGUUUCUGACCUCUUUGUGUCUCCUCCAUCAAACACUUUCCACAGUAAGGAAGCUUUCAGAAACAAUUCGUCAAUGAACUCAAGCAUUUCACAAGUAAUUCAAACAGACGUUAUACCAGCAAUACGUUCAGAGAUUGGUGACAUCGUGGAAGAGAAAAUAAGAUAUAUUUUCAACGAACAUAAGAUGAAUUCUGACACUCGUCAUUGCCAGACAUGCUUGUGUCCUGGGAAGAAAGAGAUUGACGAAGAAGAAGUUCAAACUGAUACAAAAGAAAGUAAAAAUGCAACAGUUAAAAAGAAAACUGCAUCUGACAUAAUCAAAGAAAUUAUUGACGAUACAUUAGUUAAAAGCAUUACAGACAGUGAAAAUCAAAACCAUGAAGAACAGCUGAAAGAUAUUAAAUCAUUUACUUCAACACCAAAUUCUAAAGAAUCACAAGAUAUUUUUAGACAUUUACAACACGGUGAAAAACUUGUAAAAUAUGGUUCGGAUAUACAAUUAGACCACGAUAAGCACAAAGAAAAGGAAAAGUCACGAAGUUUGAUGAGAACUAAAACACUGCCUGCCUCGGCAUAUCGUACCGAUCUCAACAGACAACAGGAGCUGCUUUCUCACAUUGACAAGGCUCUAUCAAAAUCAGAUGAAAGAAAAUGUCUUGCCGAUGCUCUUCAGUGGCAUGUAGAAGAGCUUAUAGACGGUAUUGUGUUCAAAGAUAGUGAGUUACCUGACGAUCUUCUAGCUGACAGUUGCCUUACAGAUGAAGAAUGUGCUGAUUUACGGAAAACACUUGAUCGUAAAGAUCAAGUUCGUGUUCUGACGAGUAUAAUAAAGGGAAGAGACUUGAAUGUCCUUCUACGGUUUUUGAAGCAUAUAAAGUCUCAAAAUGAACCUGUGGCGAGAAGUAUUGAAGAAAAGUUUCAACAUAAUAAAAAGAACGGUAUCAGGUGUUCCGAGUGCGCACUCUGCAACCUAACAUCCAAUGUAAAUGCCAAGUACAUAGCUGAUAGGCUAUGGAAGUAUAAUCUUAUAGACUCGGGUUUGUACAACUGGAUCGUACAGAGCGACAGACCAACUGGAGUUCAGGGAGAAAUGUGGCGAGGGGUCAUUAAUUCUCUGAAUUUCCACUGCAAAAAGCAUCGUUCAGAUGUUCGUCAAAUUCUAUCAUCAGCUUUGACAAAGAACAACCACUAUCACCAUGUUGCAAAGGGACUUGAAAGAAUGAUUAACAUAAAGGGAGAAAUGGAUUGUUACUGUGCAAUACGACUGAACACCGCACAUAGAUGGUCUUUGCCUUCUUUGCAGACAUCAAGAUCUCCCCAGUCUUCUAAGCCCGAGUGGGUUACAGGUUCCCAAAGCGACCUUGUUUCCAGCCAAGGAGACAUCAAUACGUUUGCACUUUAGGAUAUGAAGAGUAAUAGUUUGGACCAGGUGAAAACAACAAUGGAAAUAGUUGAAGAUGAUAUGUAAGAAACAGGAGCUAAAUUUCAACUGACGAAAAGGAGUCUUUCACCAAAGGUUGACACAAGUACUCCGCAGAUGCCGUUUUCAAAUUUCCACCAGAUGGAAGACACAUUUUCAGAUGACUCUGGUGAUUGUAAAAGAUUGAAAAGAAAUAUUGUUUCUGAAGAGUCGAAGAAUGAACAUGAAGAAACAAAUUCGUCUAAGGAAAACGAAGAAAACUUACCAGAUCCGCAAGAACAUUAAAAAAAUCAUUUUGCACAUAUAAAGGGAAUAUUAUUGUGCUUUUAUAUGACGACUGACGAAAUUGAAAAUAUUCUUGAAUAUAUAACAUUUCCUUGGUAAAAAUAUAUAAAUUUAAGUAUUUGUAACAAAACACAAUUCCUAAAGUGCAUAAUAUAGUCGUAUACAAUAGUUUAUGUUUUAAGUUUACUAUAAGUAUGUAUGUGUAAGUUAAUUUAUCUAUAUGUACAAAUGUAUAUAUUUACUCUGUCGGGUGAAUUGGGUCAAAUUCUUUGUUAUACAGUCAAGACUGCCUUAGCGACCCCCUGAUUUAAACGACUCCCUGUCUUAUCCGACCUUGUUUCAGUACUCCCAACGUAUUUUCCUAUAAAAAUGGUCUGAAUUAAACAUCUCCCUGUCAUAUGUGACAAGCGACCCUAAUUGUCUGGUCCCAAUGCAAUGUUUUGUCUGAUUUAAACGACUUUCACACCUUUUAAUUGUCCGUUAAUCAGAUAAAUAAUACCUAUUUUAACACCCAGAGGGCCAAAAUAAUUAGGUCCAAUUAUAAUCCAGUAGCAAACAAAGUCUACACACCUGUCUCAAUUACACAGUUAACAUGUAUACAGGUAUCGAGUGACGUCACUAAGCGUCUGUUAAUGGGAAGCAUGGUGUGUAAUGUACAUAUAAUGACCUGAGUAAACUGGAUUAAGCUUGUGUCAGAUUUUUUUUUAAUUAUAGAGUGCCAACGGAAGAUAUUUUAGGCAGCAUUUUUUUAAUUUACCUUUCUAUGGCUGCAUAAUUAAUACGGAAAUAAUAUGGAUACCAAACCAGAAAAUUCGGAAAUGGAUAUGUUUAACUUUUACAAGUACAUGGAUGCAUCAAAUUCCAGUUAAUUAAAUACAAAAAAGAUUCAAUUUAAAUCUUAAUACAAAAAAUAAAAUUAAAUUUUAUGUGAUAUACAUGCUAAUAUAUAGUUGUUUUACAUGGAUUCUUAUUUUAUUUACAUAAAAAAUUUACGAUUACCUAUGUUUAUUUGCAAUUGGUUAGAUAUUAUUCCUUCACACAGUUAUGUAUGUUAAGUCACAAUGAUAUAUAGACAGAUAGAUGGUAUUCAAAUUUAAUUUUUUUUGAGACUGUAUUUAGAGACUCCCUGUCAUAUGUGACCUUUUUCUGAAGAUCCCUUGGAAAGUCGCAUAUGACAGUCUCGACUGUAUUAGUAUGCAAAAUCAAGCUGACAGAUGUUUCGAUCAUUUUCUAGUAGAAGAAUUACAGGAGUGUAUACAAGCCUGCUGUCAAUUUAUGAACUAAUUUCAUUUUUUUCUAAAAACAAAUUGCUGUGAUUUAUAUGUGUUAUAAAUUUGUUUGUCAAGUUAAAUGGCAUAUAUAUGGUAUAUAAUCGGUUGUUUGCUGUAUAUCACUACUUACAAGAGAGACAUACAUGUACAUCCUGUUACAAUCUUAUAACUUGUAUAAUGUAAGUUUGUUGUUUAACUGCUUUUUACGUAACACCGACACAGUAUAGGUCAUAUGGCGACGUUCCAGCUUUACUGGUGGAGGAAGACCUUGGGUGCCCUUCCGUGCAUUAUUUCAGGCACGACCGAGCACAUUCUUUAGAAUAUACAAUCAAACAAUUCAAAUAAACCAUUUGUAUUUUAUUCAUUCAAUGAUCAAGCAAAUAUUGCACAAGAGAUGAAAUGCAAAUCACAUCACAUUUUCAAAUAUAUUCGCAUAUUAUGUACAAAUAAAAAUUAUAGAAAAAUGAUGAGAAUUACUGUAAUGAAAUAUGUACAACUGAGAGAAAUUGGAACAGAAACACAAAUAAAAACGCUUAGAUAAAAAUUGUUUAUAGGUAAUGAACUGGGAAAAUGCAUGUUUUUAAUUCUUUUAUAAAACAA